AUGACUAACUUCUUCUCAUUAGCAGUGGAGCAACUGAAUAACUGUGAGUCAAAGUUAUUCAUUGCAGAUGGGCGACCUCACAUCCUCGAUUGCUCGUCUGGAGUUUUCUAUGAUGGCAAUGGUAUCUACACCCAAAAAAGCUGCGACAAAUGCUGUAAGCAAGCUGCACGACUUGAAGCCAACAUGAAAGAGAGCGAGAUCCUUGGCAUGAUGCUUGUCAUAGACAAGAAGACGGAAUGCGCCUGCUGUGCCCCUUAUCGUCCAUACAUGGAUCUGCUAGGUGUACCACUACAGUAUACUGUUCAACCUCAGUAUCCAUCCUACCAGCCGUCUCCACCAAGUCAUGGUCAACACAUAUAUCCCAACUAUCAACCUACCGGCUAUUAA